ACUACUGGUGCUGAUUCGAUCAAGCGUGUUCUGCGAUGACGACUAUACGGCUGUUGCUGAUACUCAGUCAGUCAGUCAGUCAGUCGGACUCGCGGUGGUGUGGGCUCAGUUUGCGGGUAACCAUCUUCGAGGGUUGUUGACGCGACGCCGCGGCAAGUGCUCCAGUUGACGUAGGAUUACGUGCGAUUUUGGCGCAAUGCGGAACCGGCUUCCGGUUCUGGUGGUUGUUUUGGGACUGCUAGUGUGGCGGCCAAUCAGCUCCAACUUUGUGGCGUACGACGACGAUCACGAGCUGAACGGUGGGGAUGAUCAGGAGUACCUGCAGGACGCGGAUCACCAGCGGCCGCCACGUGAGGACUACCACGACGCACUGGACCGGCUGAUCACGCACGCGUUGAACCAGACACAUCCCAGCGGGGAUUCUCCGGGGAGUCCCGCGGCCUUGGUAGAUUCCAAGGUCACAGCUGCGUCGCCGUUGGAGGUCGACGAGGAACCACCAAAGUGUGCCGCCAACCGGCAGCCCAUUCCGAUCUCACCGUCCACCCAGCUGUCGGUGGCCAAGUGCUGCCCGGAGGGCCAAACGUUCCUGCACGAAAGCAUCGUGAAGUGCAAAAGUCCGCUGCGAAAAAUCCGGCUUCCAAUCAUCAGUCGGCGGGUCCAUCUGUACGACAGCUCGUGCUAUCACUUUGGAGCCUACCUCAAACCGAACGUGACCUUCAACGGUCGCUGCAUCGGAAAACGAUUGGUGUUCAACGAUGGCGCCCUGUUUACGGUCAUUCAGAACGGUUCGCUGAUGGUUUCGAGCCCGGAACAGAUGGCCAUCUACCGGGACUUUUGCCUGGAGGAAACGGCCAGUUCCGUGCUGGUGGCGUACGUCUGCGACGAGUUGGUCUAUCCGGAUCCGUUCGACUGGGUUGAUAAGCUGGUGAUUGGAACUGCUCUGGUAGUGCUAUUUUUGACUGUCCUACUGUACGGAUUCGAGCGCAACUUCCACUGCGUCUUUGGAAAGCUCAUCAUGGUGCACGUGGGACUGCUGUUCACUGCACUGCUGCUGGAAGCUGCGCUGACGGAGUUCGAGGAAGCUUUUUACUCCCUGAUUGUGUACACGUUGAUCGGGGCGUCUUACGUAAUCUUCGCCGCGGCUAAUCUCCACAACCUGAUCGCAAACCAAGCCAGUUUCCAGAAGAUGGACUCGCGGAAUGUGGCGUACGUCGCCUUCGGGUGCUGUCUCCUGUGGCUUGCGUCCGUCCUGUUUACCCUGUACUGCGAUGAAAAGAUUGCCACCCUGUGUACGGUGUUUGCGGCGCUGCUGCUGAGUGUGCUGGUCAACGUAAUUACUCUGCGGGGAAUCGUUAGCCGGCGGCAUCAUCUGCUGACCGCGGCGGAUAAUUUCUACGACAUCUCGGACGGUGGUGGAACGGAAAGUACCACCUAUCUGCACCAUCGGAAGGAACUCACAAUCCUGGCCACGUUCGCCGCCCUCGUGCAGGUGCUCCACUGGGCGCUGUACGCCGCCGGUCGGUACAACCUGCUGUACGGGCUGAGCUGGUGCGGGUUGACCGUGUUCGCCGUGUUCGUGUGCUUCCGCUACCGAUCGAUAACGGUGCUGUUCUGCACUACUUCUGGCGGUGGCUCCAGGAAAGUACUACGUCAUCAUCAUCAUCAGGAUGAACAUCAGCAGCAGCAGCAGGCGGGGGAAGACACCCCACCCAGCAGCAUCCUCCAGCUGGCCGGUCAGGAUCAACCAAGGCCACCACCCAUUUCGACCUCCUCGCCGUACUACAGCCAACUUACCAGCAGCGCCACCAGUCAGUACUACCACCACCAUCAGCAGGAAAAUCAGGAUAAUCAGAAACACAUGGCGCUGCCACCGGUUGCGGAAGAGGAGGGUGGCGACGAAGGAAGGAGGACCACCACCUCAAACCCCUUUAGCUGAAGGGGUUAAAUGGGGGAGAGAUGAGAAGGGGGGAGGGCUUAAUGUUGUGAAACUCGAGGAGAUUAAUCGCGAAAUGUGUCGUCCUGCAGCAGUGUGUGAUAUGCGUUUUAAACUCUUUUCUUUCUUUUGUAGAGUCAUUUGCGAGCUAUAGUUUUGAAUAAUUACAUUUAAGAGAACAAAGAAGAAAACAAAA